GCUCGGAAGCUACAGCCGACCCAUCCGCGAGCCUCACACGUCUUCCGAGCCUGGUGUCCAAAAAAACGAGGGGUCCCGCCUCGGCUGUACCGAAAAAUUCGGGUCGGGGCGUCUCACCGAAGCUGCCUGCCGAACCUGGGGAUACGUCUGGCAGAUGUGGUUCGGACAGUCCACCCAUCGAGGUGGUAUUUGAAGAUAAAGCCAUGAUCGCAGUCAACAAACCGCCGGGAAUCAUGGUGCACUCGUCUCGCGAAGCCACGCGGGAGGAGCGAGCGCAGGGAGCCUUCGUGAAGGAUAUGGUGGAGCGACAGCUAGGGUUAGACCGCCCUCUCUUCCCAGCACAUCGUAUCGACCGACCAGCCAGUGGGGUACUCGUGUUCGGGCGGACAGCAGAGGCGUGCAGGCGAGUGCGAGAGGCCAUGGCACACCCAGCUGCUGUGAAGGAGUACCUGGUCCUCGUGCGAGGCUCGCCUCCCAGUGCCUUCACAUGCGACAAGCCGUUGAAGGAUGAAAAGGGCGUGGUCAAGCCAGCUUAUUCUGAGUUCAGAAAGCUCCUGGAAAUUCUGCAGCACCGCUGCUCGCUGCUGUCUGUGCGAAUAUCAACGGGCCGCAGACACCAGAUUCGACGGCACCUCAACCACCUCGCUUUCCAU